GGGCUGAGUACUCACUCUGCUGAGCUCCUGUCUGAAGUAGCUAGCCCACCAGGAUGCUCCGCACUUGUAACACGAUAUGAAAGCGUCCACUCGGCUCUCCGGGGGCGUCCGCAGUUAGAGGGGGUUAAAACUUCUGUAUGUAUCAGAAGGGGAGGACAUUUCAGGCGCUCGCACGCGAAGGCGUUUUUGUGAAGAUGAGAGGUGUGAAGGUGGUCCCGGCGCGCUUGCGUUGUGGGCUUUUCCUCUUCAUGUGGAUUAUACAGAGCACGGCGGUGGUCGACGGGGCUGGGACACACCAAGGCAUUCCGCCGCAAGUUGUGAAGCUGUGGGCUUCAGCAUUUGGGGGAGAGAUGAAGUCUAUCGCUGCUAAAUACUCUGGAUCCCAGCUCCUGCAGAAGAAAUACAAAGAGUUUGAGCGUUCGGUUAGAGUUGAGGAGAUUGACGGACUCAAACUUGUGAAGAGACUGGCAGAAAACAUGGAGGAGAUGUUUCGUAAGAAAGCCGAAGCAAUGAAGCGUUUGGUAGAGGCAGCAGAGGAGGCCCACCUACAGCAUGAGGAGGAUCCCAACCUGCAGUAUGAAUAUUUUAAUGCUGUGCUCAUAAAUGAGCAAGAUGAGGAUGGGAACAGCGUGGAGUUAGGAGGAGAGUUCAUCCUGCAGCCCAACGACCAUUUCAACAACCUAUCUGUGAACCUCAGCCUCAGCGUGGUGCAGGUACCCACCAACAUGUACAACAAAGACUCAGCUAUAGUGAAUGGGGUAUACUGGUCAGAGGCCCUAAAUAAGGUCUUCGUGGAUAAUUUUGAGAGAGACCCGUCCCUCAUUUGGCAGUACUUUGGCAGUGCUAAGGGCUUCUUUAGACAGUAUCCAGGAAUAAAGUGGACGCCAGAUGAACAUGGGGUUAUAGCAUUCGACUGCCGAAAUCGAAAAUGGUACAUACAGGCGGCUACAUCCCCUAAAGACGUGGUGAUUCUAGUGGAUGUGAGUGGCAGUAUGAAAGGUCUCAGACUUACUAUUGCCAAACAGACAGUCUCUUCUAUACUAGAUACACUGGGAGAUGAUGACUUCUUCAACAUUAUUGCUUACAACGAGGAGCUUCGUUAUGUAGAGCCAUGCUUGAAUGGAACACUGGUACAAGCUGACGUCACCAACAAAGAUCAUUUCCGCGAACACCUCGACAAGCUGUUUGCGAAAGGUAUCGGGAUGCUGGAUAGGGCUCUGACUGAAGCCUUUGAGCUCCUCAGUGAUUUUAAUCAAACAGGUCGAGGUAGCGUGUGCAGUCAAGCCAUUAUGCUGGUGACGGACGGAGCAGUGGACACUUAUGAUGCUGUAUUUGCCAAAUACAACUGGCCAGACAGAAAGGUCCGUAUAUUCCCUUACCUGAUUGGGCGGGAGUCUGCCUUCGCUGAUAAUCUGAAAUGGAUGGCCUGUGCUAACAAAGGUUAUUUUACCCAGAUUUCCACCUUAGCUGAUGUUCAAGAAAAUGUGAUGGAGUACCUGCACGUGCUCAGUAGACCGAAGGUGAUCGACCAGGAACACGACGUAGUAUGGACCGAGGCCUACAUCGAUAGUACACUUCCUCAGGCUCAAAAGUUGGAGGACAAUCAGGGACCUGUAUUGAUGACCACGGUGGCCAUGCCUGUAUUCAGCACAAAGAAUGAGACAAAGAAUAAAGGCAUUUUACUCGGUGUGGUGGGCACAGACGUCCCUGUAUCGGAGCUGCUGAAGACCAUACCCAAGUACAAGUUGGGAAUCCAUGGCUAUGCAUUUGCCAUCACCAACAAUGGCUACAUCUUGACUCAUCCGGACCUGCGACCUCUGUAUGAAGAAGGUAAGAAGAGGAGGAAGCCUAACUACAGCAGUGUGGAUUUGUCUGAGGUCGAAUGGGAAGAUAAGGAUGAUGAGCUGCGCAAUGCUAUGGUGAACAGAAAGACCGGAAUCUUCUCUAUGGAAGUGAAGAAGACUGUUGAUAAAGGGAAACGUGUGCUUGUUCUGCAUAAUGACUACUACUACACAGACAUCAAGGGAACUCCCUUCAGCUUAGGUGUGGCCUUGUCACGGGGACAUGGUAAAUAUUUCUUCAGGGGGAGCGUCACCGUGGAAGAAGGACUACAUGAUUUGGAGCAUCCAGAUGUGGCACUGGCAGAUGAAUGGACAUACUGCAACACAGAUGAGCACCCUGAACAUCGUUACCUGUCUCAGAUUGAGGCCAUCAAACUCUAUCUCAGUGGGGAACAACCACACCUCAAGUGUGAUAAAGAGUUGAUUCAGGAGGUUUUAUUUGAUGCUGUCGUGACUGCACCGAUAGAAGCUUACUGGACCAGCCUGGCUCUCAACAAAUCCGAAAACUCUGAUAAAGGUGUGGAGAUAGCUUACCUUGGCACUCGGACAGGCCUGUCCCGUAUCAACUUAUUUGUGGUGCCAGAUCAACUAAGUAAUCAAGACUUCCUGACGGCGGAGGAUAAAGAGGGUGUGUUCAACGCUGAUCAUUUCCCGCUGUGGUACAAGAGAGCAGCAGAGCAAGUGCCGGGAACCUUCAUCUACUCCCUUCCGUUUAAUACAGGUUCAGAGAAUAAAAGUGUGGUUCUGGCCAGCACUGCCAUUCAACUACUGGACGAGAGGAAGUCGCCCAUUGCUGCAGCUGUGGGAAUCCAGAUGAAGCUGGAGUUCUUUCAGAGAAAGUUCUGGACUGCAAGCAGACAGUGUGCUGCACUGGAUGGGAAGUGUUCCAUCAGCUGUGACAAUGAUGAUAUCAACUGCUACCUCAUAGACAACAAUGGUUUUAUCCUAGUGGCCGAAGAUUCCUCUUUGACGAGUGUUUUCUUUGGAGAGGCAGAGGGAGCUGUCAUGAGUAAACUACUGACUAUGGGUUCUUUUAAAAGGGUGACUCUGUAUGACUAUCAAGCCAUCUGCAGGAUCUACGCAGAGAGCAGUGACAGUUCGAGUAGUUUAUUAGAUCCCUACUUCGCCUUCUUCGCAGCUGUCAAGUGGCUGCUGACCGAGCUCGUCAUAUUUCUGGUGGAAUUUAACCUGUACAGCUGGUGGCACUCUGAUUUCACAGCUAAGGCCCAGAGAGACGGUCGGACUAUGUUGGUUCCAUGCGAUACUGAAUACCCAGCAUUCAUCUCAGAGAGAACCAUUAAGGAAACCACGGGGAACAUUGGCUGUGAUGACUGCAACAAGUCGUUCGUCAUUCAACAAAUUCCCAGCAGUAACCUCUUCAUGGUGGUGGUGGACAACAAGUGUACGUGCAGGGAUUUUGGACCCAUCACAAUGGACCCCAUCGAAAUCAUGUAUAACGAAUCUCUGAAAUGUGAGCGGUUGAAGCUGCAGAAACACAGGAGGCGUCCAGACACAUGCCACCCCUUCCAUCCUGAGGAGAACUCCAUGGAAUGUGGACGUGCAUUAGGUCUGACUGCGUCACUAACAGUGACGUUCUUCGCUCUCUUAGUUGCACUGUUUCCCAGGUGACGAGAACUGCCCCCCCCCCCCCCCCACCAAACCCAGCUUAGUUCGGCCUGGUUCGACUUGGCUCGGCAUGUGAAAGCGAUGAAAAAUAAACCAACCUCUGACACUGAGCAAAGUAAGUUAACAUAAGCGAUAAAUUUAAAAAAAAAAAUAAUAAUCACUCCGGAAAAUGGCACAGCCUCACAGAGAUGUCGGAAUCACUUCUUAUAUUUUUCUUUUUUUUUUUUUUUUAUUUUGAAGAAUUUUUUCAUGGACAUUCAUGGUAAGAAAAAGAAUAUAACAAUGAAAAAUGAAUAUAAUGAUGACUGGAGUGUUACUGCUGUGUUUGUGAACUGUGAGUUCCAGAAAGGUAAAUAAAAUAACCAAUAAACCAAUAAAAUAAAUCCAUAAGUGAAAUAUCAUCUGAAGAUGAAGAUUAUAAACAUAUUAAAAAAAGAGAAGGUUUUAUUUGUAAUUUUGCAAGUGGUAACCAUACAACUGUGAUAAUGGACUUCUAAAGUCUACAAAUGUGAGUGGUUGUUCUGUAUGAGCUUUGCCUUAUAAUGAGAGAAAUUAGUCCUGUUUGUGUACUUUUGAAAUAAAACGGUCCUUAAAAAUACAAG